AUGGUUGAUAUUUCUGCUCUUCCUAACGAAAACAUGACCAUGACUAAACUGGUUGAUCAAAACAAUCUGAAGGAAAGAUUGAACACACGUGUUGACUAUCGAUAUCUAAUCAGCGGCUUAUACAUUGACAAGCCUGAAUUAGUUAUCCCAGAAGAUAAACAAUUGUUUACUCGACUAAACCGAUGUAAUGAACUAUUCGAAGAAGUACGAACUCCACGAGAAGGUGUUCUCGAUGCAGUCGCAUUAAAAACGAUUUCUUCACUUGCUUAUAUUCAAACAGCUGCUAUUGGUAAAAAAGGUACAACGAAAGAAGCGUUUCAAUUAGCUAGGAAAUGUGCGAAAAUUAUUAAAAAUCAUCUAGCCGAUAGUGAAGACGUGACGGCAGGAUUUUAUCAGGAAUUUUGCCAUUGUCAUAAAACGGUUGGAAUGAUGAAUUUCAUGUCUGGUCGUUUACCAACGUUCUGGUUCGAACGGCGACGUUUAGAAAAGUCAUUUAUGACGCCGAGAACUCGUCGAAUUAGAGAAAUUAUUGAUGCAUCUCAACAUACGAAAGUUAAAUUGAUUACAAAAAUGUCAUCCGAAGGUGAACAAACAUCGAAAGAAAUUGUUCGAAUCAAUCGUUGUUUAGAAGAAGCUUAUGAAAACAACAACAAUCAACCAAUUAGUUUCUUUACAUUUACAAUUCAUCCAACACUCUUUUCUCGUUCGGUAGAAAAUAUCUUCCAUGUCUCCUUUCUCAUCAAAGAAGGAAAAGCUGAAUUGUUAUUGGAUGAAAAUCAAUUACCCGUUUUACGUCCAUCGAAUAAGUCAAAUAGUCAGCUUACCAUGUCAUCGUCAAAUGAUGAUGAUGUUGCUGAUAAACAGUCUGAACAAGUUCAAUCGUUAACUCAAUUAGUUUUAUCUUUAGAUAUGGAACAAUGGGAAAAUUUAGUUCAAAUCUAUGUAACUUCUCCAAAAUCACAAAUAAUAACUAUGUCGGCCGGUAUUAUGCCUGAUAUGUAUCGGCAUACGGCUCGUAAAAGCACCGUAUCAAAAGCAUUGAAGUCAUCAGCAAUUUUACCUGUGUGUAAUAAUCCAACUACACCUUAUGCAACGUACAACAACAAUACCAAUCAUCUUGAUAAUGAGAGCAGACAAGAUUCAAUCAUUGAUAUUACGCCAUGUCAAAUUAAAGUAGAAGAAGAGAGUCCACAACAAUCGCAACAGCGUGAAUCAUUUCUCAUUAUACCUGAUAAUGAAACCGAACAAAUGAUUAUUGCAGAAGAAUAUAGUCACACUAAUGAAGAUGUGAUUUGUGAUAUUCUCGAACAGAUUCUAGAUCAAAUCACUCAGCCGUCAAUUGAAACAACUCAAUCGAGCUCUACCCAGAUAUCCAGAACGGCUUCAGUCGAUACUCAGGAUGUUCACAGUGCUUUAGAUUCGAUUAUGAAUCUAGUUACCGAGAAUGAUAAUACAGAUCUUUUACCUUCAAUAGCGACUGAAAACCAAACGGAAACAAAUGUAUAUACUAAUGUAUGCGAAAAUACACCUAUGGAAUGCGAGGGACAAGUAUCGACUCACCUGCAAUCACACGUCGAUGAUGAUAUUGUUGAAAUCGAAGCAACAUCAAAUGCAUUUCGUUCUGAUUCUUGUAUGUGUCUUUGCCACAAACCAGUACUAUCGGCCAAUGAUGAUUAUAUCCUAUUUGAACGAGCAUUGAUACAAAUUAGACAAAAGCAGCAACAAGAAAGACUAUUAAACAACAACUGCAUUCUUCAAACGUUGAAACGUCAGCACGAAGAAUUAAUAAAUAUCUAUCAGCAGAAUAAAAACCCCAAGUCAUCGACUGCGACUAAAAUCGAUCAAGAACAACAAACGAAAUCCAAUGUACGUGAUUCACAGAUUCAGACUGAUACCGCUCCGAUUAGGAACGGCAAGGCAGAAUCACAAUACAAACCAACAUUGAGCUCUCAAUCAACAAACAAUAGUCAUUUUUCACAAACGACUUCGCGGACUUAUACUACAGCAUUUAACACAACAUCAACAGGAGUAGUUAGCAAAAAAUCAACGAUGAUUACGAAAACCACCGUGAUUAGUAAUAAUCAAUCGAAUGUACCUUCAGUUCUUCCACCAUCACCUGUCUCAUCGAAUACAUCUACAAGCAACACGUCUCAUGAUGUUGUCGAUCUAACAGAGGAAGAUGAGGAUGAUGAUGCUAACAGUCAAAUAUCAACAUCACGACCUGUACCUAUUCGACAGUCAACAUCAGCUACACAUCUUUCGACAACAUCUACAGCAACAUCAUCAUCAUCAUCAUUAUCACCAACAGCAGCGACAACUGCAGCGACUCGUACUCGACCCAUUAAUCGUACCAUUCGUCCAAAUAACACAACUCCUAAUGGACAGACAUUUCCGUUACGUUCCUUACCUGAGCAUGAUCCAUGUGAUCAUAGUAUUGCUCGACCACAACUGGGUAUUACUCAAGAGAACGCAACAGUACGCUUAACAUGGAAUCUACCAGCGACACCAAUGGAAUCUAUUCACACCUAUGAAAUCUUUGCGUACAAACAGAGCGUAACAGCAUCGACAUCCGAUUGGAAAAGGAUUGGUACAGUUAAAUCAAUGCGUUUACCAAUGGCUGUAACAUUGAAAGAAUUCCAAUCGAACAGUCAUUACGCUUUCGCUGUUCGCGCUGUAUCCACAACUAACACGAUCGGUCCAUUCUGUGAACCGAAAACAAUCUUUACUGGAAACACGUCUGUUCAACCAUUGCAUACAAGUCAAUUAUUGAAUGUUCCAAUACCAUAG